CUCUAUAUAUUCACAUUUCAGUUAAAGAAUUCUCCAACUUCAUUUGGGUUUAUCCAAAUAAAUCCCAUCUUUAGAGGCUAUAUAGAGAGUUCUCAAUAAUGGGCUGGCUUUAUUAUUGCAUAGCCGCCUUCUAUAUGCUUCAGUUGAACAUAUCUGCUGAAGCUGGAGUAGUUGGAGUAAACUAUGGCCUACUAGGAAACAACCUCCCACAACCAAACCAAGUCAUUGCACUUCUAAAAUCAAGAAACAUAACGAAAACACGCCUCUUCGCCCCAAACCUCGAUGUCCUCACAGCUCUAAAAAAUUCAGGAAUUGAAGUCAUCCUCGGAACCUUAGACCAAGACCUCCAAGACCUAUCAACUAAUGUUUCACAUGCCACAUCUUGGAUCAACACCAACAUACUUCCAUACUCAGACACAAUUCGAUUCCUCUGCAUAUCUGCUGGCAACGAAGUCAUCCCCGGUGACCUAUCCCCAUAUGUUUUCCCAGCCAUGGAAAAUCUCAAAACAGCUUUAGAAUCAGCUAAUCUAGGAAACAUCCAAGUAACCACAUCGGUUUCAACACAAAUCCUUGGGAUUUCGUACCCUCCUUCUAAAGGGGAAUUCUCAGAGGAUGUGAGCUCUGAAAUGGGACAAAUCACUUCAUUUUUAGCAGAAAAUAAGAGCCCUUUGCUAGUCAAUGUGUACCCUUACUUUGCAUACAUAGAUAACCCAAAUGAGAUUCAAUUGUCCUAUGCAUUGUUGAACAGUACUGAGGUGGUUGUGAGGGAUGGUACACUAGAGUACAAGUGUUUGUUUGAUGCUAUUGUUGAUUCAGUGUACUCUGCACUAGAGAAGGCAGGUGGUGAGGCCGUUGAGAUUGUUGUAUUGGAGAGUGGAUGGCCGUCCGAUGGAGAUGGUGAGAUAGCAGCAAGUGUAGAAAAUGCUGAAAUGUAUAAUGGGAAGAUGAUUGAGCAUGUUUCAGGGACAUUGGGUACCCCAAAGAGGCCUGGGAAGAGCAUAGAGACCUAUGUGUUUGCUGUGUUUAAUGAGAAUCAAAAACCUCCUGGGACUGAGCAGAAUUUUGGAUUGUACUAUCCAACUAUGUCAGAGGUGUACCAUGUUGAAUUCAACUAAUUGACUCUUAAUUUGAUGCU